GUUCAAAAGUUUAAAUGGGCUUUUCUGAGAAACCCUAAGCCUAACAUUUCUGGGAGGUGCUUUAUUUAUAAAUCUCGAUUGAAACACUGCAAACCCUAGUCUUGUCUUUUGAGCGGCGCCAUCCAAGAAAUUUGCCGAGUGUUCCAAUCGCAAUCUUAGAGACAAUGUCGACGGUCGGAGAACUUGCUUGCAGCUACGCUGUUAUGAUCCUUGAGGACGAGGGCAUUUCCAUCACGUCUGACAAGAUUGCGACUUUGGUCAAAGUCGCUGGUGUCGAGAUCGAGCCGUACUGGCCAAUGCUAUUCGCCAAGAUGGCCGAGAAGCGUAACGUCACUGACCUCAUCAUGACUGUCGGUGCUGGUGGCGGUGGAGGUGGUGCACCUGUUGCUGCUGCUGCCCCCGCUGCUGGUGGAGGAGCCGCAGCUGCUGCUCCCGCCAAGGAAGAGAAGAAGGACGAGCCAGCAGAAGAGAGCGAUGGAGAUCUUGGAUUCGGCUUGUUCGACUAGAUUUCUCCUUUGUUUCACUCCUUAUUAUGUGUUCUGUUGCUUUAGUUAAUCUGAGAUUUUCAUUUUUGCCAUUUUCGAAAUUGCUACUACACUUUGGUCCAGUUAUAUUAUGUACUCCACUUCGAAUUUGCAAGUCUCUUUUCUGAUUCGAUCUUUAAAUUAAGAAAUUAUGAAUA